AUGGGGGAAGAUUUCCUGACAGGCUUAAGCAUUGAGAACUACCCCCCAUCAACAUUCUUGUCCAUGGAUUCAAUCGCCGCUUGUCAUGAGGAUCCCGAGCGAGACCCCAACCGCCAGGUCAUCCUCUCCGGCCCGCCCGACAUCAACCUCCCCCUAUCCGCAGAACGCAGCCCGCCACCUCAGCCGUGGGCCCACGACCCCUCCUUCGACAUUCUCGAUGUCGGGCUCGGGCCCCAGCCCAACGACUCGGCCAUCGACCUGCCCAAGGCCGGGAAGAAAUGCGGCAAGCGGCCUGACAGCGUGUGGGGCGCAUGGUUCUUCUUCAGCUUCUACUUCAAACCCGUCCUCAAAGAAAAAUCAAAGCCCAAUUCAACUGGCUUCGAGAAAUCGGACCUCCAGCUCGACGUCUUCCUCGUGCAGCACGAUAUGGAGAACAUGUACAUGUGGGUUUUCAAGGAGAGGCCCGAGAAUGCACUGGGUAAGAUGCAGCUGAGAAGCUACAUGAACGGGCACUCGAGACAGGGCCAGCGUCCUUUCCCAUUUAGUGUCGAUAAGGGCUUCGUCCGUUCUCACAAGAUGCAGAGAAAGCAAUACCGGGGGCUCUCUAACCCGCAGUGCCUGCACGGGAUAGAACUCGUGCCCUCCCCUAGUCUAGCUGGCCUGGACGAAGAAGAGCAGAAGAGAUGGGUCGAACUAACGGGCCGCGAACUCAACUUCUCGAUUCCGCCCGAGGCCAAGGAGUUCAGCUCGUGGCGUAAUCUCCCGAGCACGGAUUUCGACCUUGACAGGUCAACUUUACCCGUUUCGAGGAACAAGAAGCUGCUAAACGGGUCGGGCCUGAAUUUGUCGACCCAGACUUCGGCGGGCCCGGCAAACGGGAUCGAUCUCUUGGCUGUUUGUAACCGGAAGAGGAAAGAUCUGUUAUCGGACGAGAAUUGCUGUUUGAUGGCUAACGGUCAUCUUCACGAGUUCGGUCCAGUCGAGCCUCCUUGGCUGGCGGAGUUCAGUGGGGUCAUGAGAAACGUUUACGGGCCAGUGACGGGAGCUAAAACUAUAUACGAGGAUGAUGAAGGAUAUCUGAUUCUUGUAACGCUACCGUUUGCGGAUCCCGAGAAGGUGAAGGUCCACUGGUGGAACAACCUCACGCAUGGCGUGCUGAAAAUAUCGUCCGUGAGCACGGGUUGCAUGCCGUUUGUUCAGAGGAAAGAUCGGACGUUCAGGCUGACUGACCGGGCGCCCGAGCACUGUCCACCUGGCGAGUUCAGGCGGGAAAUCCCUCUGCCAACUAGGAUUCCGGACGAUGCCAAUCUGGAGGCUUAUUUUGAUAAGAGUGGGACUGUUCUUGAGAUCAAAGUGCCUAAGCAUCGAGUGGGCCCGGAGGAGCACGAGGUUACGGUGUGUCUUCGACCACCGAAUGAGUUUGUGCUGUCUUGA